AUGGCAUCGAUCAGCAAACGCCAGCAGGCGCGCAACGAGCGCGAACUGCAAGAGCUUCUCCGUGUCCCCGGCAACGGCCAGUGUGCCGACUGCGGUGCGCGAACUCCAGGUUGGGCGAGCUGGAACUUGGGCGUCUUCCUGUGCAUGCGAUGCGCAUCCCUCCACCGGAAGAUGGGCACGCAUAUCUCUAAGGUUAAAUCCUUGAGCAUGGACACGUGGUCAUCGGAUCAGGUUGAGAACAUGAAACGAAACGGUAACGCCACGGUCAACAAAAUUUACAACCCGAAAAACAAGAAGCCCGAUAUUCCUUUGGACGCAGACGAAGUUGAUUCUGCAAUGGAGAGGUUCAUUCGCAAGAAGUACCAGGAAAAGAGCCUUGAGAGUGGCCGACCGGAGCCGCCUUCGAGGAACGAGCCUUCACCUACUGUUCCACCCAAAUCGCCCGACUAUGAGCCCGCUGCACCCCAGGUGCCCGCAAAGAAACACCGCUUCUUUGGCUUUGGUCUACGCGCAUCCUCCUCAGCCCUUUCACUGUCGAAGCACGACAAGAAGAAGCUUCCGCCGGAGCCAAGGGUUGAUUCCGCCUUCACAAUUUCUGGGGAUGACUACGGGUCGAUAUCCAGGAUGUCAGAUGCUGGAGCCCGGAUGUCGGAUGCUGAGUUGGAGCUAAAACUUACGCAAUUGAAAGAUAUGGGCUUUCCUAAUCGAGAGAUCAACACCAGAAUGCUUCGUCGCUUGAAUGGCAACCUUGAGCGGACGGUCGAAGCUCUUGUUCAGCUAGGACCACAGCCGGCCGAGCGAACGUCCUCAGCCCAACGGGUCACGCCCCAGCCUACAGGCUCGUCCCGGACAAACGUGACCACGGCAGGAGGUUCUGAUUCGGCGCAGUCUGGCAUCCGAGCAAGCAAUACUGGUGCUUCGAGAGGAUCUAAUAAUCCCUUUGAUCAACCUGCCAGUGGUCAGGGCUUUGGCUUGUCGCUGGGCAGCUCUCAGCCGGCACAACAGCCACCGUCAGGGGUGCCUUCAGUUGGGAGCAAUAACCCAUUCGACCAGCAGACCCGGAGCCAGACCGAUAGCGGCUUGGUACAGGCAUUCCAGAACAUGCAAGUCACUCAACCCGUUACCCAGCCUCUAUUCCCUCACAGUACGGGUGGGUACCCUAAUCAGCAAGCUGGCGUGCACGACUCUCGAGUGCACACCAUGACUCCUCCCUUCGUGAUGCAAAAUUCACAGUAUGGUUAUACGGCCUCUCCUGCAGCUCUCCCUAACAACAACAAUCCAUUCUUCCAGCAGUCACAAUCUCCGCAAUAUUUACAGCCACAAGCUACCGCAACCAAUCCAUUCUUUGCACAACAACAGCAGCCCCAGCCCACGAGCAGCAACCCCUUCCUGAACAAUGCGCCUCAACAACCGCAACCAUCCAAUGGAUCCAGCUUCAAUCCAUUCGGCAUACCACCCUCUGGAGCGAGCCCACCACAAUUUUAUGCUCAGCAAUCUCAACCAGCCUCGACGGACUCAGGAGCCCAAAUUGGUGUGCCUGGCCUUUUCUCUGGCAGCAAUCCUUUCCAGCAGCAAAAUGCUCCACAGGCUCAACACCAACAGCAUGUCAAUAACCCAUUCCCCAACUUCCAGUAUGACCAGCAGCAAACCUCUUCCCAACAGGCUCAGCAGUUUCAGGCCAACCGCUAUUCGAAUCUGCCUCAAGGCCAAUCUCAAGGACAGCCUCAAUAUAUGCAGCAGGGUCAGCAAGUACCCAUGAUGGCACAGCAGACUGGCAGGUUUGACAACAACGCAAUCCUUGCUCUGUACAACUACCCAUCCCUAGCACCAGCGAAGCAGCAAACAUUGUCCUCGAUCCCCGAGCCCGGUAAUGAGCAAGCUUCGAACCAGAAUGCUACUAUGCCGGGUGGUACCAUGGCAGCUAAACGAAGCGCAACCAUGCCCGUGUCCAUGAGUAACAUGCAUUCGGCGGGCGGCGCUGGCAAUCUUGCAGCGAAUCGCAAUCCAUUCUUCCAAAACUCGACUCAAGUUCCUGCCGCCAACACGGGUAUUCUAUCACACUCCAGCCGCGAUAGUGUGGCUAUCAACAAUCUCGAGAGCGGGAGGCACAGUCCGGAUGCUUUCGCAAAUUUGAGCGCGCGAUAUGUAUAG